UAGUUCCAAGUUAAAUCGUUUUUCCCAUCUCAAAUUUCAGACAACCACAUAUAUUUUUUUAAAUUUAUUUCACUCUAAUUAUAUUUUGUGUCAUUAUCUUAAGUGGAAAGUAUUAGUUUAAUAUUUUGAGUUAAUAAUUAGCGCAUUAAUCCCAUUUCUUGUUUGAGGAUUGUAUUGCGUAGGCAGGCAGCCAUUGAGCCAUUACGCGAUAGGCCCUAGCCCGCUCACAUGACCUGUAGUUUGUUCCCGUGAUCAAGUUUUUAAGUUUUGGGCAAAUUCAAAACUUAACUCCUGUAUUCUCAUGGAUAUGAUCGAUCACAGCCUCGAUACCAGUGAUGACAAAGAUGUAGAAAGUGAAAUGAACGACCUAGUUACAGCCCAGCCGCUGACAAUUGUCGAAGAAGAUCCAUUAUCUCCUGACGGUUCUGGCUCUUUACCUCAGGGACUGCUAGACAACAGCGAGGAAGAGAUCUCCUACCAGUUACGUUCUGCGGAUGGUGUUACAUUCAAAGUCAUAUCAGUCGCUGGAGAGGAAAUAGAGGAAGUACCUCAAAUUAUCACCACAAACGGUUCCACCUACAACGGCUCUGAGGGACAGACUGUUCAAGCCACGGCUCUAGUCAACUCAGUCAAUGGUCAGCUGUUUGUGAUUGGCACACCACAGGAAGUGUUUUCGCCACAGAAUCAACGGAACAUCGUACCUCGAUCCCACCAAAAUAUGAAUAUCCAAAUAGAAUCUGUCAAGGGUAGUUCCUCGUCCUCACAGUGUCGGCCUAGAGACGACCGACGAAGAGCCACUCACAAUGAAGUGGAGCGCCGGAGAAGAGACAAAAUUAACCAUUGGAUAAUGAAACUAGGCAAAAUUAUCCCAGAGUGUUCCCAAGACUCGGGGAAAGGCAGUUUUGAAACACAAAGCAAAGGAGGAAUCCUGGCGAAGGCUUGUGACUACAUCAUGGAGCUGCGUACGUGCAACCAGCGACUGAUGGAGUGCAGCAAGGAGAACGAACAGUUGGCUGCAGAGCUGGAGAGUGUCAGUAGACAAUUGGAGGAGAUGAGACAUGAGAACGACCAACUAAGAGCUCAACUAGCAGACCACGCUCACCACCUUGACUCACUAACCACCAUAACAUAGUGGGGAGUCGCCUAUCAAGUGAGAAGCCUUCAAUCAGUGAGAUGUGCCGUGGGACGUUUUGUAACGUGUGGAUAGUUUUUAUGUAAAUAAGUAAUAUUUUUUAAGCACAGAUUGAAAUCACGAGUCAGAUUUCUCCAAGCUACUUACUAAGUUGUUAGGGUUAGCCAUACACGUUGAACUGUAUUGCUCGGAGGUGUGGUCUCCAAAGCAUCACGUGUGUUAAUGUUUAAGUUACCAAUUGAAGUUUAUUGUUGACUGUUUAAUUAAGGUUUGAACUUGGUUUCUUUAUGAAUUCCUUAGUUUUAAGUUUAAACACUUUAGACCCUCUAGUGAAGAAAAACUUUACGUUACUUAACGAGAAAAGUGAGUGAUGAGGUACGUAAUGCAUGGAUUUUGUUUGCCAAAUCCUCUUAGGCGUAUAACAGAAAGAAAUGUGUGUGUGCAGCCUGUGUUGAUAAAAUGACUUGUGGCCUGAAUUUAAGGGUUAUUUAGUCAUAACAAUCACAAACCUUGCUAAUCAUUUUCGAUUAACCUUUGACUAUUGGAUAGUGAAGUAAACAUCCCAUUUAUAUUGACCAGAUGUCACCAAAUGUUUACUAAAAAUUAAGAUAGUUCCAGCCAGUCACAGAUUGCUCUGAUGUCUAAAAUUCGAUUUCCUACCUUAUUUUUGUUACUGCGAUAGUAGACGUGUCACACAAAGCUAUAGCUUAACACAAGUCCUAUCACUUUGACUUACUGGCAAAUAUUUGACACAAAUCGGUAAUUUACAUCAGCACAAUCUGUCAGUGGCUCACUUGACCUCUAUCUUGAUUAAAGAACAGGAUUCAAUUAUAACCUUGGGAUAGAAUGGCUUGUUGUAUUAAUAGUCAAAGAUUUAUAGCAUGAUAAAAACAUAGAGGUAACCAUUUUUACAAACAAUGAAAAUGUUUUCUAUUGAACUUGUUACUUUUCAAACUUAAGAUCUUGCUUGUAAAUUGUUUACACACUGUUGGUUUAUAUUAUGGUUGGUACAAUAAAAUUGGUCCAUAGUAAAUUAACUAACAUUAAACAUUUCUUUUAGAAGUUAUAGUCCUAUAGAAUGUCCUCAAUUUAUUGAUUUUAUUGUUUUUACCUUGACAAUUCUUUAUUUUCUGUUUACACCAGUUAUUUGAAGUUAUGUUGCACCUGUUACUCUUGACGUUAGAAACAUACAAUGGCCUUUAAACCUUUUGAACAUUCCACCAUUUGUUGUAGCUAGUGUUAGGCAAGUUAAGACUUAGUAGUGCUUUUUAAUUGUUUUAAACUAUUUUGUUUCAUUUGUCUUAUUGACUAUUUCACUCAAAAACAUUGUAAUAACUCAAUUUUAAAAGAAAUGUGUGCAUGUUUUAAAUGAAUUAUUUAUUUUUUUAGGAACUAAAAGUGACUUUUUAAUUUGGAUUUGCAAAAUAAUCAAAAGUGUUUGUUGAGUGUUAUUGUUAAGUGUUUCUGUUUCUUGCCUUUAUGAAUCGUAAUUAGAGAAAUACUAAUAUAGUGUUUACUCACUGAUGGUUUUCUUUUAUAUUUUCACCUUCAUGAUGUAAACUGCUUUAACUAAAGUGUUCAUGGUAUCUGUUUCCUAUUAAUUUGAUUUUUCACAGUUAUUUAUGAAUCAUUAUAGGAAAUCUUGGACCAAGUGUCUUAAGUCGACUCAUAAAAUGUGUUAAUUUAUUUUUAUUUGAAGAUGGUGCAGGAAUAACUAAUUAAAAUGCUAAAUAUACCAUUUAAAAGGGGUUGCUGUUAGAUAACCAACCCCUGGUUGUAAAAAUAAGUUUACUGGUACCUGACAGGGCCACUGUAAAAUUAUGAAAAUAUAUUGCAAUAUCUUUGCUUUCACCGACUGUACUUAUCUCUUUAUCUGAAUUUGAAAGGAGCAACUAGAAUCAAUUAAUUGUCUUAUUACAAGUAAACUGUAAUCUUUGCUCCUUCAGCAGGUAGGAUGAGGGCACCAGUAAAUGACUGUUCAUGCUUGAGUUUCCACUCCAUGAAGUAGGCUAUUAAGUCAUAGUGUAAAUAAUAUGAACAAUUUGUCCAUAUUCUCCUGUAGCCUACUUCAUAACUUGAUCAAAGUUAAUGUAAAAGGUUCAAACUGUGUCAAAAAAUACAAUUUAUCACUCAUAAAUCAUUGCACUAGUGAAUGACCGCUAAUUAUUUAACAUUUUAAAACUUUACUAACCUCCCACCAAAUAUCUCGUUCAAGAUUCUCCGGUCGAAGCUGGACCCCCUGUAUACAAUAGAAAUAACAAUUUAACACUAUUCGUGCUAUCGACAUGUUUGAACAUAAAAGUUGCAUUUAUUUCAAUGUUAAGCAAUUGCGGGAAUUCCCGUCAUCAGCACCCAACGUGUUAAGGAUUACUAAAAUAUAGAUUCUAGUGAAUUGCCACUUUUCAAAUAGUCUGCAGUGGAAUUCUGGUAAAAGUGUUUCCACAUGAUUCCUAAUGAGAUUUUGUUUCCUAGCAAGCACAUAUCCAUCAGAAAACAUCGGUAUCAACAUCCAUUGUAUUUUUUAACCAAAAAUACAGAUUCCAAUCAGGCCCCAAAGUUACUUUUAAGACCGUUUGUGAUAGACUAGGCAAAACAAAAAGCUUAACGAUAUUUUCGUACAGAACAGCCAUUUCCUGGAAGGUUGUCAUUCACUGGUACACUCAUCCUAUGAUAAAAGACGAUUGUAUAAUUUUGUAAUAAUUUUUUUGAAUUAUUUCAGAAUAGACUUAUAUAGCAAAGUACAAAUUGUAAGUUUCAAAUUGUUAAUGGAUUUUCUAUCAACUUAUUGAUUUGAAAUUCCAUAGCUUUUUCUGUUUAAAAAUUUCCCAUGUCUCUGGUACAAAAAAGAUAUCCUGUUUUUUAAAAUCAUUACCCAUUUGAACAAAAUUUUAAUACAGUUUUUGUUUGAUUUUUUAGCUGUAUUUCAUAAAUUUAAGUUUUUACUCAUUGUGUUUUAUUUUCUACUGUUACAUAAUAUUGCUGUUAUUUUUGUACCAAUUAUUUUUGUCUUUUUAAGAAAUGUUUUUUACGUCCAAAGUCUUGACUGCAAGUUGAGAUAUAGUUUUUGACUGCAAUGAAAAGAAAGUUGUUUGUUAUUGUAAAUGUUAUGGCGGCUUAGUCUUAACAUGCUAAUAAUGAUGUAUAUAAAAAGUCAACUGAAUAUUAGUGUAAAGCAAUGCAAUGUAAAUAUUUAUUCAUAUGAAAAGAGUGAUAUGUUAAUAAAGCAAAGU